CGGUACUGUAAGAACGAUAAUCAAGCAUAAGAAGGCAAUUAGUUUAUACUAGUUCGUGAAAAAGAUAUUGGAUGUUGGAAACGACCUUUGCUAGGGUGAACGGUUAACGCGUUGUUUUGGAUUAUGCUAAGAUGAGAAGAAGCGAGAAAAACUACCUUAAACCGAAACAAGACCCCAAAAAGGGUGAGAACUACCGUGAUGACUUAGUAACAAGUUUUCCACACGCACCAAGUCCAGUGCCUGAGUUUUCAAGGGCGGUAUCCAGUCUGUCACCAGUUUCACUUGGAAGAAAAUUUAGACAGAAUGAUGUGAAACGGCAAGAUAUCGAUCGGAUAGCUACGGCUUCACAGCCACCAAGACAAUUAUCAUCUCGAUUCAUAAAUGUAUCACAUGAUGAACUGAAAGCAUUACCCUUACUAGUUGAGACACCAGCUGGUGAACGUGAAACAUUACUAUUGAAUAAAUUACGAAUGUGUUCGACUUUGUUUGAUUUCAGUGAUAAUACGGCUCAUUUAAAAUCGAAAGAAAUUAAAAGAUUAACAUUGUUAGAAUUAGCUGAGUUUAUUUCAAUAAAUUCUAAUUCUCUCACUGAACCAGUUUAUGUCGGUAUUAUAAACUUAGUUAAAGUUAAUGCUUUUCGAACAAUUUCAACAUUUUAUACAACUACAGAAAUGUCAGACUAUACUGAUAAUGACGAUGAACAAGUGUCAAAUUUGGAACCAUCCUGGCCGCAUCUUCAGUUAGUCUAUGACAUAUUUCUACGCUUCAUUAGCUCACCUGAUUUUCAAGCUUCAUUGGGGAAAAAAUAUUUGGACCAGCAAUUUUUAAAAAAUCUUAUGGAAUUAUUUAAAUCUGAAGAUCCACGUGAAAGAGAAUUAAUCAAAAUGAUACUACAUCGUGUAUAUGGUAAACUUGUUACUUUGAGACCGUUUAUCCGACGGAUGAUUAACUAUAUAUUUCUUCGAUUUGUGUAUGAAGGAGAAGCUCACUGUGGAAUAGCUGAACUGCUUGAAAUACUUGGGAGUAUUAUAAAUGGUUUUCAAACACCAUUGAAGGAAGAACAUAAACAAUUUUUACGCAGAGUUUUGCUUCCUUUACACAAAUCACCAACAAUGAGUCAUUUUCAUGCUCAACUAACUUAUUGUACAACUGAAUUUAUUAAGAAAGAUUCCAGUUUAUUCACAAUGAUUGUUCAUGAUGGUUUACUUCGAUUUUGGCCAAGAACAAAUUCAAUUAAAGAAAUGUUAUUUUUAAAUGAAUUAGAAGCUUGCCUUGAAUGUACUGGACCAAUUGAAUUUCAAGCUAUCAUACCAGAAGUAUUCCCACGUUUAGCGAAAUGUAUAGAAUCUUUGCAUUUUCAAGUUUCUGAAAGAGCUCUUAUGUUUUGGAAUAAUGAAUAUCUACUUUCUUUAAUGUCAGAAAACAUAAACAAAGUAUUGCCCAUUGUUUUUAACUCAUUGGCACGAUCACGUAAUCAUUGGAAUAAAACCGUUCAUGGAUUAAUUUGUAAUGUAUUGAACUGGGCAGUUGAAACAGAUCAAAAACUAGCUGAACAAUGCUCUUCAAAAUUAAUAGAAGAACAGCAAAAAAACAAUGAACGUUUACAAAAACGUCAAGCAUAUUGGAAUCGUGUAGAAUUAGCUGCUCAAAAUGCUAAACAACCUUCUGUAAACUUUCCAGUAACUGUACGCACACCAUCUAUUACUAUAUCACUCUCUGGAAUAAGAAAUAAGUAUCCAAUUGCCAAUUUAUCAAACAACAGAAAUUUAUCAAGUUGGAAUGAAUUUUAUGCAAAAUUAUCGACAUUAUCAACUGAUGCUUCAUCUACUAUUAUAGAAACUACAGAUAGUAGUGAUAAUGUUAGCAGUAUGGGAGAUAAUAGUUUUGUAAAUAACCCUAAAUAUUAUUCUUUGAAUAGUCAACCUAGCGAUUUUACCAGCGCUACACAUGACAGUUUCUUUAUCACAGAUCAUGCAUCACUACCUACUUCAAAUGUGCUUGGAACUUCAUUGGCAAAUAAACUGCCUGAAUUGUCAACAGCUUUACCAAAUGCUUCACAAAUAUCGAAUAAAUUCGAUUCACAGGCUGUACGGGAUCAGCAACAAAGUAGUCAGAUGAUUAAUCCAGUCGAUGUUAUUACAAGAUCAAACAGGACAGUCACUUCAUCGACCAACGUACCAAAUAUAAAUAGGAAAUUAUAUUCACCGAAAACCAAUGACAGUCUCGCACAGACAGCAAGAAAGCCUAUCAGUUCAAUACAAAAACAGCCUCUGAAGUCAAAUACAUCUUUCACAGUCAAUAAGGAUGCAUUGUCGUCACCUGCUGUUUCCUCAGGUCAAAUAACUUCUGGUACAAAUGUCAGUACGGUCAAAACGGAAAGAUCAACAAAUUUAAAACGUACAACAACGCUGAAGUCAUUAAAUACAUAAUCAACUGCUACUUGAAAACAGGUUCCAGAAAGUACGUUCCUAAAUUAAAACAAAACAUAGGCAAAUUUAAAGAGAACUGUUCUUUUACAUAGACUAAACUUGUAAAAACAUUAACGAUAAUAAUGUAUGUUUCCACAAAACAAUUGGAAGGUAGUUUACUAUCGAG